UUGAGUGUUUGGAUUUUUGAAGAUUUAAUUAGCGAAAGGCUUAUUUUCAUUGAGUGUUUACAGCAGCAGCAGAUUGCCAAAUGGGAUUGAGCACCCAAAGAGACUCUGCCUUUCUUCCUUCACCUCAUCAGUCUGCUCCUCAACCGAACCACGAUGUGUUUUUGAGUUUCAGGGGUGAGGACACUCGACUUAGCUUUGUAUCCCAUUUAUACCACGAACUGCAGUUCAGGGGUAUUAAAACAUUCAAGGACGAUCCUAAGCUUGAAAGAGGGACACCAAUUUCUUCAGAGCUCUUCAAUGCAAUCGAAGAAUCAAGGCUUGCAAUCGUGAUUCUCUCGCCAAAUUAUGCUUCUUCUUCCUGGUGCUUGGAUGAACUUACAAAGAUUCUCCAAUGCAUGAAAUCCAAGGGCACAAUUCUGCCAGUGUUUUCUAAUGUGGAUCCCUCCCAUGUGAGAAAACAAAGCGGCAGUUUUGCGGACGCCUUCGCUGAGCAUGAGAAAAGGUUUAGGGAAGACAUCGAUAUGGUGAAGUGCUGGAGAGAUGCUUUAACUGAAGUAGUCAAUUUAUAUGCAGGUAUCAUAUAAGGUAGAGGGAUUAGG